AUGAUAACCAUGAUAACAGAAAAUCAACGGAAACCUGUGAAGAAAAGAGCCAUGUUGCCCGUGGAAUUGGCAAUAAAAGGAGAGAAGGACGACGUGGCGGCCUUUCUGAUCAGAGUUAUGUCACAUGAGAGGUAAAAACCGUUUACUUUAUAAAUAAACAUGCAUGUAUUUUCCACAUGGUAGAAUUUAAGAAGCCAGGAUAUUAUGGUCUUUAAUCUAUUUAAAAUUGAUUUCCAGGAAAAUUGAUAUUCUGAAAAGUCCUGCUUGUGAGAAAAAAUCAGUGGAGGUUGCUCUCCAACAAUUUAUUGUAAUCCCAUCCUUUGAACAAAAUACCAAACCAAUGAGGCUUUAGUAUUGAAAUAAAUGAAUGAAAAAAAAAUUUUCCUUAUGAUAACUGGAUUAAGAGAGCUUGGUUUGAGAAACCUGAUCGAACAGAGCUUGGGCACCUAUAGAGUAUUUUUGAAGUAAUUAUUUAUUUUGACUGUUACUUUUAGCAUUCAAAACUUAUUUUCCUGGACACCAAGCAAAAUGACUGAUCCAAAACCAUCCUUCUUCAGUUUCAAGGCAAUUAUUGAGAACCCUAGGAUGAAGGUGAGGUUGUUUUAUGUACAUAUAUUUAAAUGUGCCACAGGUCUACUUUAGAUGAUGACAAUGAUGAUGGUGGUGAUUAUUAUAAUUAUUAUUACUAUUAUUAUCAUUAUUAUUGUUAUGUUGUGGUAUGCAGCUACGUGGUAAAGAUCAGAUCCAGUAGUAUUAUAUCUUGGAUUAUUGAUGUUUUUUUUCUCUUUCACUGUAACUUACAUGUUCUAUAGAACUGUUUAUAAUGAAAAAGGUCAUGACUGUGUUGUUCACAGGAAACAGUGGUGGCUGUACUAGACCAGAUGAUGAGCCCUCACUGGCCUUAUCUUCCCCAACGACAAGAAAACUAUGAAACUGAAGAAGAGAGGGAGGCAAUUGAGGGAGUCUGGAAUACAAUUUCAGAUGAUCCAUUAAACUAUCAUUUCUAUUAUCAUAUAUUGGAUGGAGAUGAGGGAGGACGACCCCUAAAGAUUUUGGAUUCAGAUGGAUACAAGCAGAUAGAAAACAAACAUUUUAAUUGGAAAGACAAGUCUUGUUUGCAUGCCAUUGCAAAGGGUAACAACAAAGUGAGAUUCAGAUCUAAAGACAAUCAGAUUUUAAGAAAAUUUAUCAGUGAAAUAUGUAAUGUCUAGCUCUGUUAUUAAAAAGACAUCCAGAAAAAGUAGACACAUUUUAUACAUGACUAAUGCAUAUAACUGCAGAAAUUUGAUUCUUAGUUCACUAUCACCUUAAGUUUUGGACAGAAAUCAGUUUUUAAUUUUAUUUUUAGGAAGCUUUGCAGCAUCCUGUGGUCAGAAUGUUGAUUAAAGCAAAAUGGAAAAGUUAUGGACACUUUUUUCUAAGGUAUAUGAGUUGUGUCUGUAGCCUCCAUACUGUUAAUUUUAAAAAUAGCUGUAUCAAUUAUUUAUCAAUUAAGGCAUAUAGGUGUUGAAUUAGGUAUUGGUUAACUUUUAAGUGUAUCUAGGUGCAGAGAAAGAAAAUUAUUGUGUUUAUUUUGCCACUACACACAUUAUCAGCUAGUGAAAGCACUUCUGUGCCGAGUGAUUCAAUCUUAUUGUAGUAUUCCUUGGAACACUAUGAAUGCAUGUUACUGUCCAACUUUCUAAGCCUUUGAUUUCUCAGGGGUUUAUUUUAAAAAAAUGGACAGGUUACCAAGAAAUUUAUGUUAUAUAUCUUUAUUUGAAUUUCUAAUAUUGUGCCCUUUCUCCAUGGUACUUUUGCAGAGGUAAUUAUCAUUACUUUUUCUAUUUUGUAGCCUUCAAGCAGUAUUGUAUUGCAUCUUCUUGCUGUGCAUGUCAUAUUCCCUGCUGCAUGCCUCUACCAAACUGGACCCCACCCAUUACAGCGGUGCACUGGACUCACUGCGUAGAUUUUGCGAGGUUGUCACUCUAUUUAUGGUUGUGUUUUACAUCUGUGAGGAAAUAAAUCAGAUAAGAAUGUAAGUAAUUUAAUGCUGAGUUAACAUCAGAUUGUUGAGUGCAGAAACGUGGAAACUUGUUAAUAUUGUUAAUUAUUAUUUCACAUUUACGCCAUUUUACCAUAUUAGGAACGCACCAAGUAUGCCUGGGUGUAGAAGAGGGCAAAAAUACGGACAGAAAACGGAGUAACAAAAUGACCGCUCUGAAGCAUCCAAACACUUCUUUGUUUUCGUUUUUUUAUAGUUAAUUUUCUUAAAAAACGAACCUUAAAGCGCGUCAGAUUUUUCUUAAGACAUAACAACACAUAAACGGUUCAUUUGUGUUGUCUCACGCCUUAUACAAUCGAUACGAAGUUCAGAUUAUUUUUUCUACCAAAAACCUGCGUGGAAUGCUAGAAGAGGAGCGAUUACAUAUACUAAUCGUCUUAUUUCUUGUAUAGAGGGGCGUUCUUAUUUCUCAGAGUGGAUGACCUUGUUUGACUGGUUAGGCCUGCUGUUGAUAUUGUGUAUAGUACCGUUACGAUACAUGGAUCAGAAACCACAGUGGAUGGUGACAUCUUUAGCCUUCUCGUUUAACUUCAUAAGAAUAUUCAAAUUUUCAUGUGUGUCAAGGUAACCUACAACUCCCAAUUGAUUGCUUGAGUUCGGAAAGAGCACUGAUGAAUUAAAACUCAUCCCUUCGUCAAUCUAACCUAACAUUACAUUAAAUCUUUCCUAGGACUACAGGAUUGUACACACAAACCUUGGCUAAGAUCAUUUUACUUGACGUCACAAGAUCCAUGGAAGUUUUUAUUGUGAUCUUUUUCUCCUUCUGUGGUGCCUUGACUUUAUCACUUUGUUACUCCAGAUCCUGUGAAAACCAAGAACUUCGGUGCGUCUCUGUUGAGUAUAUCUCCUAUAUCUCCUAACAAAGCUAUGAAGUUGUACUGACAAAAAUAAUUUAGCCAUCGUUUCUUACAACUCAGUAAUAUAUUCGAGAAUUUCCUUUGGAAUUAGUUUAAUUUGAUUUGCUCUUUGCUGGUUAGAUUUUGUAUUUAUUCAAAGAAUUCUCGCCCUUUUGCAAAAGCAAUUUACUGGUAAACAUAACGCAUGCAAAGCGCAAAAACCUAACAUACUACUUUUAAUUUGGAUUUUUCUUUUAAUGGUCUUGGAAACGUUUUGUUGAGUGGACUUCGUGCGCUGUUCGAGCAGUAUCCAAUGGCGGAAAAUUACUCAACUUUUAAGUAGGUGCUACUAUUCUUUAAAGAUAUUGCUUCUCUUUGCACGUAACGACUGCGUCGAACUGAGUUGUAAAUGACAGUUCAAAGAGAUCAGAUAUUAGGUCUUUAAUAAGAAAUUGGGCUGGAUUUGGCUAGGCCUGCUGCACCAUAUGAUAAGUAACUUAUGCAUUCGUUUCUUGUAGUUUAGCCGAAGUUUGUGAUUAUUUUUAUUUUCCUGCAGCUGGCUGUCGGUUCUGUUAAUGAUGGCCUACAUGGGAACAGUGACUGUGAUUUUGCUCAACAUUCUCAUUGCACAAAUGAGUACGACAUACACACAGGCCAAAAAAGUCGCUCGUCUGGAAUAUGAUGUGGAUCGGAUUUUACAGCUCACACGGAUGGAGAGAUUUCCUUUUCUGGUAAAUAUCCGUUAUGUAAUGAGAAAGAGCGUGAACAAGUUCACGCCGAUUGCGAACGUGCAAAUGCGCUGCGUAUUCGUGCAAGUAUAAAUGAGAAAGCGGAUUGGGCAAGCACAGUGAGUGACAGUGAACGACUUUUCUCUGUGCAGAAAUUACGCGUGAAGUAUUACAAGGAGGGAGGCUGGAUCAGUGAAAUGAAUCUCGCACGAGGUCUGUAGUUUAAAAUUUGAUUUAGUCAGAAUUUAGGCUGCCGAAUUAGGCGUAUUAUGCUCUUGUGAUAUAAUUGAAAAAGUUAGUUAGCGAAUGGAAACUGAUAAUUAAACCAAUUAAGAAGUUGCUGCUGAGUUUCGCUAGAUUAAAAAGGGAAGAAAGGUUGCUCACGAUAGAAGCCCUCCUCUUUCAUUAUUUAGAAGUCUUGAAGCAAUAAGAGAGAGCAUAUUUUUUUGUUUCUUCUAUGCCAGGGAGAACAAUGUGCUGUAUCAAGUCGAUACUUUCCUACACCUAUCAAAUUGUUAAGAAACAUAGAACUAAAACGUAAUUCAAAUUUUUAGCGCAUUGAUACAUUGAAGUUUCUUUUUGUGUUGGUUUGCGAUCUUGGCUUUUUUCUAGAUCUUCUUGUAUUCUAUGAAGAUCGUAAUCCUUGGGAGCCAGUGGAAGAGAAAAUUGAAGCAAUCAGGUAAGAAUAACGCUUUUUUACACCUCUUUCGACUCUUAACUGAAAGUGAUCGAGCUCACAACGAGGACAUCGGAUUGGUUGACAAGGUGGCGCAAAUUGUUUGGUCAAAAUCCUUCCAAUACAACUGUUCAACCUACCUAAUCCACCUUACUCAUUCGCUGUUGAGUAUUGCAGCAUCCUCCUAAGUGUGUGCUGCCUUUUCCAGGAAUAUGACGAGAAAGAUUGUCAAACAGAUGAGGCCUGGGCAAGAUUAA